GAUCGCUGACUGACUUGCACCGAACCUUCUGCUUUCACUGCCAAUGCUUCUAUGCUCAGAAACACACUCGGUAACACACACAUAUACGCUUUCUAUUCCUAAAAGGAAGGCAAAGAUCACCGGACAAACAGUUUCUCGCUAUUGUUUAGAAGUAUAAUGCCAAAAGAACUUCCUGGUUUUUAUUAUGAUGCGGAGAAGAACAGAUACUUCCCUCUCAAAGGCCCAAUUCCAGGUUCUUCGCGUCCAUCUUCUUCUACCAACAACACUGCAAAAACAUCUUCACAGCCUGUCCAGGCAAGCAAUUCCUGUAGGAGAACGAGAGUAAGAAUUUCUAAGCUCCUUCAAGGUAGGGAGUUGAAUGGGGACAUAAUCAAUUUCAAUAAAGGGAAGCAUAGCUUUGUAGAGGAACUAUUAAAAGCACAAGCAUCCCAACCAAUGGUUUGGAAGUAUCAAGGGACUCAAAAACAAGGUGAUGGUGCUUUAGACCAGAUGCGUAUAAAUAUACUCACACCAGAGGGUCAAACUCAGGUCGAUGUUUUAAUAACAGGCAGUAGAAGUGGUUCCUUGAGUCUUUUUGAAGUUGGAAAAGUUGGACAACAUUUUGAUAAUGGGGUAAAAUGCAUUCCAGAUCGUGUGAGACCUGUAGUUGGAGAAAUCAAAGCAGAGUGUAGGAAACCUCCUCUUGAUAUUUGGCGUCCUUCAGGAGCUUCACUACAAAUGCCAUCAAGUAUAUCUUCUAUAAAACCAUUUGUAAAGCAAUCUCCUUAUGCUGAUAACUCUUUUACGAUCCAGCAUGCCUUAAUAACGACUCUUGGAUCCGAGACAUCUGGUGGAUCUGUUUGUAUCCUUAACCUUAUUGAGCCUUUAGAUCUUUAUUCGAGGACUCCUUUAAGGCAAUCAAUGCGCGAGAUUACAUCUUUCAAUUGCACCAUCUGGACUGCAGAUUUCAACCAAAAUUCAAAUCAAGUGGUGAUUGGAACCAACCUUGGAGCUGCUUUGAUAAAUUUGGAAACAGGAACAAGAACAUGGAUGUGUAGAAGUAAAAGUGAUGUUUUAGCUCAACAGCUUGAUCAGUCGGGAAAUGUUGUUUUGUGUGGAUUAAGAAAUGGAGCAAUUUUGACUGUUGAUGUUCGUGAAAACCGAGAAGGGUUUUCUGCUAGACUCAUUAGACAUAGAAUACCUCAUUCAACUUUGGGCAAAUUUCAUCAAAAUUCUAGUAAACAGUGGUUUGAGGUCAGAGGAAACGUAUAUCCUUCUUGUACCUUUUAUAUGCCUUCGUCAAUAUGCAGUUUGGUAUCACUUCGAUCUUAUGACCAGUACUUCUUGGCCAGUUCCAUGGAUGGAUCGAUUAAGCUUUAUGAUCAUCGAAUGACUAAAGGGGAACUUCAAUCUUACGAAGGAAAUGUGAACUCUCAUUCUCGUUUACAGCUUGCCGUUGACCAGUCAGAGAGGUUUCUUAUGGCAGGCGGUGAGGAUUGCAAUUUACGGCUUUGGAGUAUUAAGUCCGGUGAGCUACUCUAUGAGGAAAAAGUUUCCGAUUCAGUCCUCUCAACUGGGUGCUGGCAGAGAUCCGAGAGAUAUGUGAGAUUACAAGAUGAAAGAUACGAAGAGUUCCAAUCUGGUCAGCACAAUAGUUGGGGGGCAUGGUGUGGAUCACAGGAGGGACUAUUCUAUGUGCAUUGGUCAUGAGUCAGAGUUACUUCCAAACGGGAGUCCGGGGAAAAGAAGGUUUUGCAUUUGUUUUCUGAUGGAAAAAGAUUAACUCUUAACAUGUAGUCGUGAAUUUUGUGGAUAUAGAUAGCACUAUGUCAUCUGUUGAAGUUUUUAAGGCUAAAAAUUGUGGUCCAGCCUUCUUGUAAUAGGUAGCUAUAAAUCUAAUUAGGGCAGUGAUAGCCAUUUUUGGGUCUUAGAGCAAAGGGAGCUUAUUUUCACCAGUCAUCCUUGAAUUUACUUUAUCGGUUUUACUUUAUCCGGGAUUGUAGACUUAGUUAACUCGGUACCAAAAGAGUGAAGGAACCAUCUCUGUUCAUUGUAAACGACCAUAUUUUAUGUUUUUGUCCCCUUAACCUGGAACCCAGCAUCAUUCAGGUUCUAA